AACAAACCCAAAUACCAAAUACCAAACCACAACAUAGCAAACAUGGCCCCGUUCGGAAAGCUCUACACCUACCCGGUAUGUCCCUUCUCCAGCUUCUGCAUGCAUAGCUUUGUCUCUCUGGAACCUGCAGCUAAUCAUCGCAACAGGGCAACCCCCGCUCCACCGCCAUUCGCGCUGUGGCUAAGGCCAACAACGUCGAUAUUGAGAUCGUUGAGACUGAGCCAGCGAAGGGUGUCUCGGCCGAGUACCUCAAGAUCAACAAGCUCGGCAAAGUCCCAACCUUCGUCGGUGCUGAUGGCUACACUCUCCACGAGUGCAUUGCGAUUGCCAUCUACAUUACCUCUCAAAAUGAGAAGACCACUCUCCUUGGUAAGACUAAGCAAGACUACGCUGCUAUCUUGAAGUGGAUGUCCUUCUUCAAUACCGAGAUCCUCCCUACCCUUGGUGGCUGGUUCCGUCCUCUCAUCGGCCGUGAUCCAUACAACAAGAAGAGCGUCGAUGACUCGUCCAAGGCCGCCCUCAAGGCAGUCAGCGUUGUUGAGGAGCACCUCCAAAACAACACCUACCUUGCUGGUGAGCGUAUCACUCUUGCUGAUCUCUUCGCUGCUGGUAUCAUCUCCCGUGGAUUCCAAUUCUUCUUUGACAAGACAUGGCGCUCUGCCAACCCCAACGUUACCCGUUGGUAUGAAACUGUCUACAACCAGCCAAUCUACUCUGCUGUGGUUGAUCCGCUCGCAUUCAUCGAUGAGGCCAUCAAGAACCAAGCCCCAAAGAAGCCAGAGCAGGCCAAGAAGGAGGCCGCACCAAAGGCCGCCGCUAAGCCAAAGGCAAAGGCAGCUGAGGAUGAGAAAGAGGAGGAAGUGCAGGAGGCACCAAAGGCCAAGCACCCUCUUGAGUCCCUUUCAAAGCCAACCAUUCCUCUCGACGAGUGGAAGCGUCAAUACUCUAACAGCGACACCCUGGUUGCCCUGAAAUGGUUCUGGGAGAACUUCAACGCUGACGACUACUCCAUCUGGAGAGUUGACUACAAGUACAAUGAGGAACUUACCCAGGUCUUCAUGACUUCCAACCUGAUUGGUGGCUUCUUCGCUCGUCUUGAAGGCUCUCGCAAGUACAUCUUUGGCUGUGCUUCCGUUUAUGGUGUUAAGGAUGACUCUGUCAUCCAGGGUGCGUUUGUCAUUCGUGGCCAAGAGGCUCUGCCCGCUUUCGAUGUUGCUCCCGAUUUUGAGAGCUACGAGUUUACUAAGCUUGACCCAACCAAGGCCGAGGACAAGGAGUUCGUCAACGACCAAUGGACCUGGGAGAAGCCAGUCACUGUCAAUGGUAAGGAGUACCCAUGGGCUGAUGGCAAGGUCUUCAAGUAAACUUGGACCGAAACAUGUUCUCUUCAAUCUGGUUUUAGCGUUGGGGAAAUAAAUGGGAUAGCUUCAUGGACGGAUGAAUGUAACGAUCAUGAUAGACGGAAAGGUGUGAACACCUAUGGGCCUUGCUAGGUCCCGCAAUGCAAUACUACAAUGACAUUAUGUUUUGUGUA